AUGAUAGUAUACAUAAAUUUAGUAUUUCAAUAAAUAAAGUUUAUCAAAAUGUUAAACAACUUUAAUAGCCUAUAUCAGAGUUUUGAAGACUUAUAAAUAAAGUAUCAAAUUAAUGGAUAAAUAAAUAAUAAUUUUAAGUUUGUGGAAACAAUUGACCUUUGUUUACUUAAAAUUUAUAAAAUUGAAAUCUAUUAUUAAAAUGAUAAUUCUGUUUUUACAUAUUAAGAGAAUAAUGUACUAUCAGAAUUCAAAGAUGGUGGAGGAAGUAAUAACAAAAUUCUAGGAAAAUUAAAAAAUAUACAAAAUCUUAUAUGA